AUGUGUGCCUUCAUCUUUGCAGUGGGUCCAAUCUCAUCUGCUUACCUGUCGUCUGUCAACCUCGAGACCUGCGCUGCAAUUCAAUCCAAUGCAAGUUCGUCGUAUCAUGAUACCUCUUCAGUUGCCGAGACUGGUUGUUUCUCUGCGAGGUUCGAUAUGUCGGCUCAAUUCGCUUUUGUGCCGACCGACGGCUCCACUAUGAUUCACUCUCCUUUGCGGAAACUCAUCCGUCAUCAUUGCAUGAAAGGAAGAAACAAACUGCCUAACUCCCGUCGUGCUCGGCAAACAGCUCGCAAGACAAGACGAGCCAUGAAAGACAAGCCUGAGUGUAAUAGACAGAGGAAGAUCCAUCCACGGCCGACAACGAAUAAUGUGAGUCAGGCUCGAUGGCGCCCAGAAUGGCCAGGGGCCGAGAGUUGCAAUCAGACUGCGCAACAACCAGCCGUGCCGCCGCCGCCACCGUCUGACUGGGCCCUCUUCCGGUUUCCCGGGGAGUUGGAUGCUGUUUCCCAGGAAUUGAUGCACAAAUACUUUGUUCGCAACCCUAUCAGGGAUCCUAUAUGUCCGUUCGAGCUUUUCAAUCUGUUCAUCGACUUUGGCCAGGACCCAUUCCAGUGCUUUCGAGCGCUUACCGGCGACAUGCUUUGCUUCCGAGCAACAUUGCUACUCACCUCAGCCUGUGAGGACUUGAUAAUACAGCGCCCGCUAUCAGGUGGUACACUCACCCACCUUCGGCUGCUCUUACCCAUAUUGCACUCCAGGCUUUCCGACGCUGCCUCUCAUCAAACCGACCUGAUCUUGUUUGCCGUUGGGAUCAUGGUCUCAAUAGCUGUUCUCUUUGGCGACCAGACAGCCAUGGCAGCACAUGCAGUGGGUUUGAGACAGAUUAUUCACCUCCGUGGCGGCUUCCGGGCCUUAGAUCACAACCAUAUGGUCCAGUUCUCGCUAGACCGGCAAGUCUCACAUGUCAAUCAGGGAAGACAGCAAUGGCCGCAGGGCACUGACCUUCUACAGCCUUAA